AUGAGAUUUUUAGAUUUUCGGGCGGUUUAUGAUGGGAGGCAAACAUUUUCAACCCUUUUUAUGCUUCUUUCUAACUCCAUUUUAUCGUCAUCCUCCAAGACCAAACCACCGUUCAUCAAAUAUUGUCCGAAAAUGCUACGAUUUUCCUCUUUCAAUAUCCUUACAAAUGAAAAUCCUUGUGAAAAUCCUUUUAUGACUGUUUGGGAGAAUAAAACAUGCUUUCAAGAAGACAUUUUACCCGGGGGAUUAACAGAGAAAAAGACUUUCACAGAUGAAAACAACAAAAAGAAAAAGUUAAAUUGA